CGCACGCGCGCGCGCGCGCGCCACCUGCAAAAGCGCCGAGACGCCGACGCGCGCGCUCGGCUAAACUCGCUUAAAACCCAGUGUCGAAUAACCAAACCCAUUAUUAACGGCACGCGCGCGCGGGCAGGGGACAAGGCAAGCCGGGAGCGAGCUAGCUUCGGGUUGCUUGCUUGGAGGAGUGGCUUGUCAUGGCGAGAGCCUUCCGCGCGGCCUCCCCGCUGCCACUGCCCUCCUCCGGCUCCAGGGCGAUCGCUUCAAGCGGCGGCGGCGGCGGCGGCGGCGGUGGGAAUUUCCCGUGGCUGACCAGGAAGCGGCUGGGCAAGCCGCCGUCGCCGCAGCGGCGAGGUGGGCAGGAAGUGGAGGGAGCUAGGGGAGAGGAGGGGACGACGGCUGGCGCGCGCUUUUCCGCGACGUCGUCCUCGUCCGCGGAGCAUGCUGAGGUGCAGUCUUCGUCGUCGUCGUCGUCGACGAGGAAGCGCGCGGACGCGCUGGCGCGGCUGCGGGCGGCGUUCCUGGCGGCGAUCACACACCGGCGGCGGCGGCGGCAGCUGGGGUCGAGCGUGACGGGCACCAUCUUCGGGCGGAGGCGCGGGCGGGUGCACGUCGCGCUGCAGACGGACACGCGCUCGCCUCCGGUGCUGCUGGUGGAAAUGGCCGCCUACUCCACCGGCGCGCUCGUCAGGGAGAUGUCCUCCGGCCUCGUCCGCCUCGCGCUCGAGUGCGAGAAGCAACCACUCAACCCAGGCGAGAAGCGGCGUGCGCUGCUGGAGGAGCCGACGUGGCGAGCCUACUGCAACGGUCGCAAGUGCGGCUUCGCGGUGCACCGGGAGUGCGGCGCCGACGAGUGGAGGGUUCUUGGCGCAGUGGAGCCGGUCUCCGUCGGCGCCGGCGUGCUCCCCGACGACGCCUCCGCCGGCGCCGCCGCCAAGGAGGGAGACCUGAUGUACAUGCGCGCGAGGUUCGAGCGGGUGGUUGGGUCGAGGGACUCGGAAGCGUUCUACAUGAUGAAUCCCGACGGCAGCGGCGGCCCCGAGCUCAGCAUCUACCUGCUCAGAGUCUGACGACGAUCAAAAAGAAAAAAAAAAGAGGAGAUAUCUUUAUGUUUGCAAUUAAUUGUACGUAAUCCAUGCAUGCAUAAUUUGGCUUGUGUUAGUUACUUUCUUGGGUUUCAUGUAAUUUGAAGGGUGUCAAUGUGUGUACAGUAUUACUGAUCACUUGGGCUUAAUAUAUCAAUCUAGUGAACAUUGGUGUGAUGAUGCUGCUGCAGCAC